UGUUUUGGGAAAUGUGCUGUGAUUUAAAAAGAAGGUUUUUGCUCCUCUAUGCAACACAAAAGGGGCAGGCAAAAGCCAUAGCUGAGGAAAUACAGCAGCAAGCAGGUGCCCAUGGCCUUGAAGCUGAUAUGCACUGUUUAAGUGAAAUGGACAAGUAUAACCUGGAAACAGAAAAGGAUCCUGUAGUUAUUGUUAUUUCCACUACUGGUACUGGAGACCCACCAGACACUGCCCGCAAGUUUGUAAAGAAAAUUCAAGACACGACCUUGCCACCUGAUCAUUUUGCACAUCUGCAGUAUGGAUUGCUAGGUCUGGGAGAUUCAGAGUACACGUUCUUUUGUAAUGGUGGAAAGACAGUAGACCGACGACUUCAAGAACUUGGUGCCCAGCACUUCUACGACACAGGAUUGGCAGAUGACUGUGUAGGUUUGGAAUUAGUGGUUGAUCCUUGGAUUGAUGGACUUUGGCUUGCCCUCAAGGAAGCAUUUCUAUUGCAAAAAGACAUGAGCAGUGGUGUCAAUGCUGUUUCUAGCUCUCUCUCUACAGCCCCAUACAUUGUGAAUGAACUAAACUUAAGCUCAGAAGUACAGAACUUGAAGCUAGAAGAUGAGGCAGUGAGGAGUUCUGAUGUUCUGACACAGAAACUGGUUGACAUCAAUCUUGUGGCUUCAACUAGAGACACUGAACCUUCACUUGUUCAUUCUGUCCCUCCUGUCUCUCAGUCAGCUCUUAAUAUUCCUACCUUGCCACCAGAAUGUAUAGAGGUGGAGUUUCAGGACAACCAUGGUGAGAAUCCACAUCUGUCCUCACUGAUUUCAGAGGGAGCAGCCUUUGAAGUGCCAAUUACAAAAGCAGUUCAGCUUACUAGAGAAGAUGCGAUAAAAACUGCAUUGCUCUUAGAACUUGAUAUUGCGGAUACAGUCUUUGACUACCAGCCUGGAGAUGCCUUCUGUGUAAUAUGUCCCAACAACGUCAAUGAGGUGGAAGAACUUCUUCACAUCUUGGGACUUUCUGAAAAAGCGGAGUGCUUUGUUUGCAUAAAGGUUAAGCAGGGCACUAAGAAGAAAGGAGCAACUCGUCCACAGCACAUCCCUGAAAGAAGCACUCUGAAAUUCAUUCUAACCUGGUGUCUGGAAAUAAGAGCAAUUCCCAAAAAGGCAUUUUUGCGAGCUCUUGUAGAAUGUACCAGUAAUGUGGGAGAAAAACGGAGGCUUCAAGAGCUUUGCAGUAAACAAGGAGCCUCUGACUACACACGCUUUAUUAGGGAUUCUAAUGUUUGCUUGCUGGAUUUACUUCACGCUUUUCCAAGCUGCAAGCCUUCACUUAACCUGUUAAUUGAACAUCUUCCUAAAUUACAGGCCAGAUCCUAUUCAGUGUCAAGUUCAAGCUUAUAUCAGCCAGGAAAACUGUGUUUUGUAUUUAAUAUUGUGGAGUUUCCUGCCUGUCCUGCUAGACCAGUCUCACGAAAGGGAGUAUGUACAGGCUGGCUUACUGAGUUAGUUGCACCUCUACUGAACCCCAGUAAAAACACCCUGGAUACAAAAGGAGGAAGCCCUUCAACUGAAAAGAUAACUAUUUUUGCUCGUCCAAACAAUACUUUCCACUUACCUGCAGACCCAUCUGUCCCAUUCAUGAUGGUUGGUCCAGGAACAGGAAUUUCACCAUUUAUUGGUUUCCUACAACAUAGGCAAAAGCUCAGAGAAGAACAUACAGACUGGGAAUUUGGAGAGACAUGGCUGUUUUUUGGUUGUCGGCAUCAAGAUCGAGACUAUUUGUUCAAAGAUGAGCUCAGAUGUUUUCUUGAAAAUGGCACAUUAACUCAUCUUAAGGUUUGUUUCUCAAGAGACUCUUCAACUGCAGAAGUAGCCCAGCCUAAAUAUGUGCAAGAUGUCAUUAGGCUUUAUGCUAAGGAAGUUGCAGUUUUGAAACAGAGAGGUUACUUCUAUGUAUGUGGAGAUGAGAAGCACAUGGCUGAUGGUGUAAGUGAUGCUGUAGUGGAUAUUUUAAGCAUGGAAAUGGAAUCUGACAAAUUGGAAGCAAUGAAAAUCCUGGCCAUGCUUCGGGAAGCAAAACGAUAUUUACAGGAUGUUUGGAGCUAA